AUGGCAUCCGUCAGUACGCAUUGUCACGAUUCUGCACAGAAGCAGGUACUCUCUAGUGCUGGCUAUGGUGAUAACUCUCUGCAAGUUGUUGAUGAAGUUGAGAAAGUGACUCGGCUUAUCCUGGAUAUCUUUCUGGAGAAUGCAUUGAACAAGUUCCAAUUCUCAGAAUCCAACCCUGAAAGUUCCGAAAACAACUUUCUUUCAGUCAUAAGUCGAUUUGUGUCUGAAGGGAAGCCAGUACAUGCAUGUCUCCCUGCAUUUCCAUUCAAGUCGGCGAACAAGGUGUAUAAAGUACUUGGCCCCCUGCCGGAUAAGGCAGAGGAGCUUGCUCUACAGCGUUUGAAUUCCAUGUGCCAGCGAAUUCAGGAGAUCUAUGCCCCUGGAGCCGAGAUUCUCAUUAUCUCAGAUGGAAUUACCUACAAUGACUUGUUAUGCAUUUCUGAUCAGGAAACUUGGGCCUACGGAGAAGCUCUUCGCCAAAUGGUAAUCCAGAAAGGAUUCAACAGCAUCUCAUUCGCCAGAAUCAAGGACCUUCUCGACGUGCAUGUUCCACCAAAAAUGAGUGAAAUUGUUUAUGUGGCCAAUUGCACCAAUUUCCGUCGUCUACUUCUCAACCAGUACGGCAAACCCGAUCUCGAUAUCGAUCAUGAAAUUGCCACCAAUGUCAAUACCAAAUUGACAUAUCUAGGAUACAAGAGAUUUUUGGAAUCUGAUCUUCAACACAUUUUCCGACGUGGUGAGAAUAGAUCUGCGCAUAGAUACAAACAAGAUUGCAAGUAUCUGGCGAAACAAAUGCUUAUUAGGGGAUAUGCGUUUGCAGGUGCAAUCAAGAGCGCAUUUCCAGACCAUCUACGGCUUUCCAUCCACGAGUCCAUUGAUGGGACUAAGCUGCCCAUCAGUUUACUGAACACUAGGACCGGCUUUACGACUCCAUGGCAUUGCAGCGUCGCUCAGUUAGCAGAUGGCAUGUGGGUUAGUGCGCCCAUGGGUGAAUUCAGCCAGGAUGACCGUCUGGAGCUUGUAUAUGAGAAUAGCCGGCCUAGUCACUUUAGGGAAAAGCCUCAUUACGAGGGUGGUAUUCCUAUCAGCGAGGAAACCGCAAACUAUCUCCGAAAGCCUAAAUCCAUCACUACAAGCCAGUAUAUUGAUGGGGCUUCUAAAGUCUCGUUAUGUCGCGUGCCAUCUUCCAGUGGCGCUUCUACCAUUUCAUCAGGGGAUAGUAACUGUGACAGUCCAUCCAAGACGUCCGAAGUUUCGUCUACUCUUGAUGAUUUCUCUCUACCUCAAUCAAAUCCAGAGAGUGUUGUCAAAGAAAUCACCACCACCACCGCCCAGCCAGACAAUACCGCACUAUAUGGCAGAAGACUCAUUCCUCAGAUAAUGGAUGACUUGGCCGCUACCAAACCAGAUCAAACUGUUUUCUCACUUACAUAUCUCUCCAAUGGAUCACUUGGGUCUAAACCCAUAUCCGCUCAAGAGUUCGCGAGAGCUGUUGACAAGACUGCUUGGUGGCUUCGCAGUCAGGUUGGAGCACCAGACUCGAUUCAACCUGUAGCUUAUAUUGGUCCCCAUGAUCUACGACAUGUAUUAUUGACUUAUGCAUGUGUCAAGGCUGGUUACGCGGCUUUAUUCCUGUCACCCAAGAACAACACGGAUGGAGUCCUCGCAGUCCUAGAGGCGACAAACUGCAAUAUAUGGGUUAGUGCAAUCGGUGGUCUACCUAUUACUCUGUGUGACGAGGUCCUUCAACGGCGCUCCAUGAAACUUUUGCGGCUCCCUUUGCUUGACGAACUUCUUGAUGCGGGCUCGACUGAGCCCUUCCCUUACACUAAAACUUUUGAUGAAGCCAUAAACGACCCUUUCUGUUUUCUACAUACAUCUGGAAGUACUGGAUUGCCAAAGCCCAUUCCGUGGUCUAACGGCCUGAUCGGCACCAUGGACGCGAUCAGGUUACUUCCUCCAGUGGGAGAGAAUGCGGAUCUGGUUCCAUGGACAACUGGUUGGGAUGAAGGGGACAAGAUAUACUCUUCUUUCCCAAUGAGUCACGGUGCCGGAAUUAUCAUGGAUAUCUUGAUGCCAGCACUUUUCAAUCUUCAUUGCGUCUUGGGACCGGUAGGCGUUUUACCUAACCUUAAUCUGGUGGUAAGACUGGCCGAAGAUAUCAAAAUCGACAUUUGGAGCAUGGUCCCAUCUUUGGCCGAUGAGUUGGGUGAAACACCCGAGAUUCUGGUGAAACUCAAAACAAGCAAGUUUAUAUGUGCCUCUGGUGGUCCAGUAAGUCCAGUGAGCACUGGAAAGUUGAACGAAGUGGUUCGCGUGAUCAACCUGACUGGGACUACAGAAGGUCUCUUCAUAGGGAAUCUGAUACCCAAAAGGGAAGACUGGUUUUGGUUCUGCUUUCACCCCUACUCUGGCUUCGAGUUCAAGAAACUUGAUGACGACACUUACGAACAUUGGAUUCAUCGUAACGAGAACUGGCCUCUUUUCCAGGGUAUCUUUCAUACUUUUCCCAAAAAGGAUUCGAUCAACUUUAAGGAUCUGUACAUGAAGCACCCAACUCAACCCAACCAUUGGGCUUUCAAGGGAAGAAGCGACGAUAUCGUCGUUCUAUCCAAUGGGUACAAAAUAUCACCCUUGGAGACAGAGGCAUUUAUCAGCACUCAUCCAGCCAUCAAUGGAUGUCUAAUUUUUGGAACGGGAAAGCCCCAGGCAGGUCUGCUCAUCGAAUUGAAAGACCCGUCGGAGAAGCCAGCUGCGCUUUUCGACAGUAUCUGGGAAACAAUCCGGACGGCCAACUCAAUGUCUCGACACAAAAAUCAGUUAUUGCGGGAUUUCGUCACAUUUGCACUACCCGAAAUGCCCUUUCUUCGGACAGACAAGGGGACUGUAAAGAGGGCAGCCACAUUGGCCUUGUAUGCCGAGUAUAUCGAGCGUUUCUACAGCUCACGAAGUGAUGAUCUGGAUGAGGGUAUCGUUUUGGAUAUGAGUUCUUCAGAAUCGAUUCAAGACUCAAUUCGUACAGUUCUCAGUUCUUCACUUCCUGAGGCUCGGGAAGCGCUUCCAGACACGGAUCUUUUUGAACUUGGCCUAGACUCUCUCGGUGCCUUCGCAGCCGUCAAGGCAAUUCGUCACUCUUCGGGGGAACUAUGCGACAAGAUCGGUCCUCGACACAUUUACGCAAAUCCAACUAUUGCUAGCCUAUCCGCUGUCGUCGAACAGCUGGUAAUGGAGGCGCAAAAUGAUGGUGACUUAACUUCGUUGGAUAAUUCUCCGGAAAAAGAAGUGUCUAGAAUGAGUGAUAUGAUCGCUCAGCACAAAUUGCGUCAAUCUUUCCGCUUGAAUGCAUUCGACUACGUAAACCCGAAUCAUGGUAUGGGAAUUGUCCUCUACUUCUCGAUACACGAAGAUGCCUCCUUCGAACAAAUUUUUGCCAACCUUCAAGAGGGUCUCAAUCGAACGUUUGAUAUGAUACCAGGCCUCAGCGGUAAAAUCAUGGAAUGCUCCCCGCAAGAGAUUGGCUACACCAAGGGAGAUCUCUGCGUGACAAUUCCACCAUUGUCUAUGGCCUCUGCUACUAAAGAUCGCCUAGUAUAUAAAGAUCUUUCCAGCAUUCUUCCUUCUUUUGAAACGCUGCGUGAAGCUGGUUUCCCACCAUCCGCGUUUAAGGAUAGUCUUGUUCUGCGCGAUGAUCCAUUUCCGAAAUUCCCCGCUGACAUCUUCUCCGGACAAGUCAACUUCGUCUCAGGUGGCUGUAUUAUUGCGGUUGACCUGAACCAUUGCUGUCUCGAUGGUCUUGGAGCUAUGGUUGCCCUCAAGGCAUGGGCAGAGAACUGCAGAUUCCUGCAAGGAGAUCGCUCCGCAACCUGCAGUUGGUAUGAUCCUGAGAGCUUCAACCAUAGUAUACCGGGGAUUAUUCAUGAAAUGGAAAGUUGGGACCGACCUGUCGAGGAUAUCGAUCAUGGAACAUGGGGAUUCCUUCCAUUCUUCCUACCCGAUGAGAAGAAAAACGGUCUACUCAUUCCUGGUGAUAACACAACAGCUAAGAGUAAAUUGCCCCCUGUCCCUGACUUCAAGCUGCACAACAUUUGGCCACUUCCGCAGGCCGAGAGAUGUUUAAGGACGACGCUGUUUCUGAUAAGGCCCGAGAAGCUUGAAAAGAUGAAACAAGCUGUCCUUGAGGACCCAGAGGCAAAGGGGAUUAUCAAAUCCAUCAGUGACAUCGUACAAGCCUUCUUCUGGCGAGCGGCUAUCAGGGCGCGAUACCGGGUAGCUAAGCACAUUCGGAAGCAAACCUUCGGGCCUGACGAGCUGUCUAUUCUUGAGCUACCAACGGACGGACGUCCAUACUUUUCUUCCCUGUUGCCAUCAACAUACAUGGGCAGCCUGCUUAUUCUCAACCGAUCAGCCAUGCCGAUUGAAGAGCUCUGUUCUGAUAAAACAAGCAUCGGGCGAGUUGCUUACUUACUUCGUCAAUCUGCCGCACGCAUUACUCCUUCAGUUGUCCACGACGCGUUUUCGAUCCUGCAGUCACUACCAGACCAUAGUCGAUUCUCGACCGCCAAUAUGGGUCUUGAGCAUAUGCAUGCCAUGAUCUCCAACAUGGCGCUAUUCCCAAGUAAUGAAAUUUGCUUUGGAGAUGGAUUCUUUGCCAAUGGUGGUAUUCCAGAGUCUCUGCGUCCGCAGAUCGAGCGUGGAAAUGGCCGUUUCCGUUUCCUGGUUAUCUUCCCUAUCAAGAAAGAUGGAGGUAUAGAACUUGUUUUGGGCACGCACCCAGAAGAGUUGGAGAUGUUUCAAGCAGACAAAGAUUUUACGAAGUAUGCAGAACUCGUCGAUACUUGUUGCUAAGCGCCAUUCACGUUGUGUCUUGUAUGUACUCAAUCAGGAUUUAUCACUCAGAUAUUUCCAAGGUUCGUUGUUACAAUGCAAUUUUACCAAGUGAUGCAAUUGGAAAUCAGAAACUGUCAUGUAGUAACAGGUUCUUAGCUAGCAAAAGAUUUUUGGUUACUGUUUUUC